CAUCUCCUCGCCGAGGCUCCCGGCAUGCCGAGCUGACUCGGACACGAAUUUCCCCCCGCUCGCAGGUUGAGGGAGGCUUUCUGGAAACGGCGUCUAAAUUCCACGUAGAAAUACGUGAAACACCGCGGAGUCGUAACGCGAGGCUGUGCGAAUCCGCGGCCGACGUCGGUCGUAUUCCAGUAAACACUUCUGACCUGUAACUCUUCAGAGAAACCUCCUCGGCCUGCUGAUCAGGUCUCCUCGCCGACCUCACCAUGUUCAGCAAGAAGAAGAAGCGCCUCGAGAUCUCCGCUCCCUCCAACUUCGAGCACCGCGUCCACACGGGCUACGACCAGCAGGAGCAGAAGUUCACGGGGCUGCCGCGGCAAUGGCAGGGCAUCAUCGAGGAGUCGGCCAAGCGGCCCAAGCCGCUGGUGGACCCCGGCUGCAUCACCGCCAUCCAGCACGGCUCGCAGAAGACCAUCGUUCGGGGGAACAAAGCCGCCAAGGACGGCUCCCUGACCUGGCUGCUGGACGAGUUUGAGAACAUGUCCGUGUCCCGUUCCAAUUCUCUGCGCAGGGACAGCCCCCCCUUCCCGCCCCGCCGCGACCAGCUCUACCAGGAGAACGGCCUCUCCGAGGGCCCGGCUAAAGCCCGACCUCCCGAGGACGCCGGCCGGAGCAAGGAGAAAAGCCGCCACGGGGCCAAGCUAGAGCAGGGCAAGGAGAAACACCGGGCCAGGGAGGAGCAGCGCGCCCACCCGCAGCAGCCCCGCGGGCAGGACGGCGGCGGAAAACCCGCUCCCGGCGGCCGGCCGCCUCCUCCCGAGUAUCCCAAACCCCCCGCCGACGGCAGAGGCCGCCCGCCCGAGCGGGACGGCCCCGCGGACGGCACCCACGGCGAGCCGGCCGAGCGCGUGGUGCGGCGGGAGCGCGCCGACGCCUCCGACAAGCGGCCCAAAUCCUCCUACGCGGCGGCGGAGACCAGCCCGCAGUCCCCCCGGGACAAGCGCCCGCUCUCCGGGCCCAAUAUCCGGACUCCCAACAUCCCCGUGUCCGAAGGGGUGAUGAAGACGGCUCAGCAGACGGGACGGCCUUUUAAUACCUACCCGCGGGCUGAGACCGAUCCCGGCAGGGGCGCAGGUUCACAGGCAGAGCACAGGCCAGGCCGACCGCAGGAAGCGGCAUCCAACGGGCCCGUGAGCUCGGCGCCCGGCAGCUCCUCCCGCGCCCCGCCGCCGGGCCCGCCGCGCGCCAAAAACCCCGAGCCGCCCGCGCCGGGCCUCAGCCCCCACGCCUCGGACCCCCAGCUGGCCCGCGCCGCCCCGCCGGCACCCGCCGCCGGCCCGCCGCAGCCCCGCUCGCCGCAGCGCGAGCCCCAGCGCGUCUCCCACGAGCAGUUCCGGGCCGCCCUGCAGAUGGUGGUGGAUCCCGGCGACCCCCGCGCCUACCUGGACAACUUCAUCAAGAUCGGCGAGGGCUCCACGGGCAUCGUCUGCAUCGCCACCGUCAAGAGCAGCGGCAAGCUGGUGGCCGUCAAGAAGAUGGACCUGCGCAAGCAGCAGCGCCGCGAGCUGCUCUUCAACGAGGUGGUGAUCAUGCGAGACUACCAGCACGAGAACGUGGUGGAGAUGUACAACAGCUACCUGGUGGCCGACGAGCUCUGGGUGGUCAUGGAGUUCCUCGAAGGCGGCGCCUUGACCGACAUCGUCACGCACACCAGGAUGAACGAGGAGCAGAUCGCGGCCGUCUGCCUGGCCGUCCUCAAGGCCUUGGCCGUGCUCCACGCGCAGGGCGUCAUCCACCGCGACAUCAAGAGCGACUCCAUCCUGCUCACGCACGACGGCAGGGUGAAACUCUCCGAUUUUGGCUUUUGCGCCCAAGUGAACAAGGAGGUGCCGCGGCGGAAGUCGCUGGUGGGGACGCCGUACUGGAUGGCGCCGGAGCUCAUCUCCCGCUUGCCCUACGGGCCGGAGGUGGAUAUCUGGUCCCUGGGCGUGAUGGUUAUCGAAAUGGUUGACGGAGAGCCGCCCUAUUUCAACGAGCCUCCGCUGAAGGCCAUGAAGAUGAUCCGGGACAACCUGCCGCCGAAGCUCAAGAACGUGCACAAGGUCUCGCCGUCUCUCAAAGGCUUCCUCGACCGCAUGCUGGUGCGGGACCCGCUGCAGCGGGCCACCGCCCCCGAACUCUUGAAACACCCGUUCCUGGGCAAAGCGGGGCCCCCCUCCUCCAUCGUGCCCCUCAUGCGGCAGAACCGGCUCAGAUGAGACGCCCCGGCGCGCGCCCAGGACGCCGAGACGCCGUGAAGCUCCCCCCCGCCGCCCUCGGCCCGCCAACGCGGGGGGCCGCAGCGCCGAGCCGGCCGCCCCCCUCGCCCCCGGCUUUGCCGACGGCGCUCCGGCUUUGCCGACGGCGCUCCCGUUUUGCCGACGGUGCCCGGCUUUCCGCCGCCUCUAACUGGAUUCGUGACUGUGCCACUACUGUGGGGACGCCGCGUUCCCGGGCCGGGCCGGCGGCUCGCGGUGACAGCGGCUUCUUUUUAACGAUUUCACUAAUUGCCGCCGCGCGGGGAGGCGAGGACGGCGCAGCCCCCCCCCCGGGGCCGGGAAGCACCGCGGCGGCUGGGUGCCUUCCCCUUCCCGGGCGCCUCGUCCCACCCCGGAGCCCGUUUCGGGGCCGUUUGAGGCAUCUCGGGUCUUUUAUUUCUCUUUUAUUUUUCUUUUAAUCUGCUUUUCUAUCGCGGCUCGGGGGGGGGUGUCUGGGAUGCCGCGGGCCCAAACACUACAGCCCCUCACCGCCCCCCCCCAGGGCCGCGGGCCUCCGCCCGGGCCGAAACUACUGAUUUUUUUUGGGGGGGGGGGGUCAGUUUGCCCCUCGUUCCGCAACCGGAAUUUUGUUCUUUUGGGGUUUUUUUUUCCUCCCGUUUGUUCUUUUUUAAAUGAAGCUAUUUAUAUUGUC